CAUAUAUUAUUAUACUGUCUUCAGCUAUAUUCGAGUUUGUAAAAAUGAGUGAUUCUGGAAUUGUAUUAAUAACAGACCCAAAUAAAAUAUGGGCACAUUUUGGAAAAAAUAAAGACAACGUUAUUAGAGAUAUAACUAGUAUCAAAUAUUGGAUAAAAAGUAAUAAUUAUUUUCCUGAAAUUCCAGAUGAUAUUAUGAUUCAAUAUUUUUUGACGAUCUGUAACUUUAGUAUUGAAAGAGCAAAACAAUGUUUGGAUAUGUAUUACGCAGUUAGAACAGUUACUCCAGAACUCUUUACGAAUACGAGUCCAACAUCUAUCGGUAUGGAGUCAACGUAUGAACAAAUGACUUGUUGCCCGCUACCUGAUCUUACUAAAAAUUUAGAAAGAAUUAUAAUAUUUAAAAUGAAUGAUGUAGAACUGGAUAUGUUUGAUGUUACCAAAGCAACAGCUUUGACAUAUGUCAAUACGUUUGAAGUCAAAAUGUGGGAAGAUCUUUGUUUGGGAGAAAAAAUAGUUGUGGAUUUUAAAAAUAUGAAAAUUGGCCAAGCUGCUGCACUAGGUCCCAAAGUCUUUAGAAGGAUCGAAUUUAUUUUGGAAAAAGUUUGGAAUUUACAUCUUAAAGAGAUUCACUGUAUAAAUGUAUCUACAUAUGCGGAAAAGGUGGUUCAAAUUUGUAAAGCAGUGUUUAAAAACACUUUAAGCGAAAAAAUAUUUACUCAUAAAUCAAUUGAAGAUCUGCACAAGUUUAUUCCAAAAGAAAUUUUACCAAAAGAAUAUGGAGGUAGUCAAAAGUCGUUAUCAGAACUUAAUGAUGGAUGGUUAAAAAAAUUAAGGCAAUAUAAAGACCGCUUUGCAGCACUUGAAAAUAUGGAUAUAUUCAACGCUAAUAGACCGGAAUUUGGUACCAAUAACCUUGCCGAAUAUUAUGGUAAUUAUAUGAAAAUCGACGUGGAAUAAUCCAUUUCUAAUCUAUAUUAUGGUAAUUACAUAAUUUAAGACGAUAAUAUAUUAUUAAACUUUA